UGUGUCUUCCGUUCUAGAUGCCUUAGGGCCACAGGCGCUGCCCCAGAGGACUCCUGGUGGCCAGCAGCUCCCAAGCAACUCAGGCACUUGGCCUCCAGCUCCCACUGACACAUCUGGGAAUCCCGUCUGCUGGCCUUCCAGCCUGGAAGCCUCCCUGAACCAUGGAGGUCCCGGAGGUCCCUGUGGGUGCGCUGAUUGACUUUGGGACUGAGCCGUCUGCCUCCUCGCCCCUGGAGACGUUGCCUCCGAAGCUGCAGGAUGGGGACAGCUCGCAGGGCGACGGUGCUUCGGAGAGCGAGACCACAGAGUCUGCGGACAGCGAGAAUGACAUGGGCGAGUCGCCCUCACACCCGUCCUGGGACCAGUACCGCCGCUCCUCCUCCAACGAGUCCUUCUCUUCCAACCAGAGCACCGAGUCGGCCAAGGACGAGGAGACCCUGGAGCUCCGGGAGUUCAUGCGCGGCUACGUGGAGAAGAUCUUCUCUGGAGGGGAGGACUUGGACCAGGAGGAGAAAGCCAAGUUUGGAGAGUACUGUAGCAGUGAGAACGGAAAAGGCCGCGAGUGGUUUGCUCGAUACGUGAGCGCCCAGCGCUGCAACUCCAAGUGCGUCUCGGAGCCCACCUUCUACCGCCUGGUGCAGUCUUUCGCCGUAGUCCUGUUCGAGUGUCAUCAGAUGGACGACUUCGGGCCUGCUAAGAACCUCAUGACCAUGUGCUUCACCUACUACCACAUGGGUAAGCCGUGCCUGCUGCCCUCUGAGUCCAAGGAGAAGCCGGCAGGGAGCAUCGACUCCUACCUGAAGUCCGCCAACAGCUGGCUGGCCGAGAAGAAGGACAUUGCUGAACGGCUGCUGAAGAACACCUCGGCCAAGACAGAGAAUGUCAAGGGCUUCUUCGGGGGACUGGAGACCAAGCUGAAAGGACCCCUGGCCAGGAAACACGAGGAGGAUGAGAACAAGCCCAAGGAGAAGCCGCAGAAGACUGUGACCGUGUGCAGCCCAGAGGAAGGAAGGACGGGGGAGAAGAUCUACCUGUACACACACCUGAAGCAGCAGCCCAUCUGGGAGAAGUGGUGCCACAUGACCCAGGAGGAACGCAACGACAGUCUGCGGUUCAAUGAGAACAUCACCUUCGGGCAGCUGGGCACGUUCACUCACAACAUGCUGGCAUUCGGGCUCAACAAGAAGCUAUGUAAUGACUUCCUGAAGAAGCAGGCCGUCAUCGGCAACCUGGAUGAAGAGCAAUACAAGCUGCUGAGCGACCACAUUGAGCAGAUGGCCACUGAGUAGGCAGGCCACGGGAGGUCGCCUGGAGCACCCUCCAGGAGGACUGAGGGUGCGCACCCCUCUCCUGGGCCAGCGACUGGCUGUCACCCCACCUGAUGACCCUGCAUGACCUUGGCAGCACCCAGAGCCACUCCACGCUGCCCUACAACUAGUGGUUAGAAGAACCUGGUUGCCUAUCUCCCGUCCUCCCUUCUGCCUUGUCUGCUCCCCCCAUCUGCGUGCCAGAGGGUCCCUGGGAUUACAUGGCUAAAACCAAGGUGACUGUCCCUACUCCUGGGUGUCAGGCCCGUGACAUAGGACCGAGCAGGAGGAGGAGGAAGGACACCAGAGCCGAGGUGGGCUCAGGGCAGUGCCUGCUGCAGCCUCCUGCAGGAGACAGGGGGUGGGGUGCACGUGGGAGUGCAGGUGGGGGCAUCAUGAGCUGGCACACGCCAAUGACACGGGUGACAGUCUGGGACCCUCAUCAGCAGCAGGAUGGAGUAGGGGUACUCCCCCAGUUGGGGCUCCUGCUGAGCCACAGCCUCGCGGAGGGGGCAGUGGGCCUCCCUGUGUGGGCCGGGUCCGUCCAUGACUUGCUGACUCUGUGCCAGCUCCCCACCGUGUGACAGGAACUGGAGGCACAGGAACUGCUAGGAGGAAAGAGACACUUCCUAUUUUAGGGAGGGAGAGAGCCCGCGGCAGAGGACCUUCUUCCAUGGCCGCAGAAGGCCCAGCGAGGGGUGUGAGUGCCCUAGAGGCCUUGUGGGAUCUGCGUGGCUGCUUGGCAAUCACACCAGCUCCGUUGGUGUCAGACGGUGUGAAACACGCCUGGUCAGCUGACAGCUUCCUUCUGCAGCAGAGAGAGCCCUGCACUCCCUCCCUGGGGGUAGCAUGGGCUGUCUGCCCCACAAAGAGGCCCCGAAAAAAGAAGUUUCUUCAGUAGCUGCAAGACAGCCACCCUUUCUACAAGCAGACGCUGCUGCUCCGUAUUUCAGGGAAGACAGAAAAAUCCAUGGGGGUGUUACAGACAAGCCAGGCAGAGCCGGCUUCCGGUGGUAGUUGCGUGAGGUUCGCUAGCGGAGGGGCCGCGAGGCAUGGGCCCUCCGCCCCCGGCAGCCUUGGGAAGGCGCCUCUGCCCGCCUCGGCCCUCACCGGCUGACCGCUUUCCUGCACACUCGGCACAUAUCCCCUGUCCCGCAUCUGGUGCCUGGGAACCCUGGCUUUUCUCUCAGGUUCAUACCACCCCGAGAGGACUAACGUGUGACAGCAAGCAGCCAGCAUGAGGCUCCUCUGGUGUGAAUAUUUCCCGUCUGUCCGCUUCCCUCUGCCUCAGCCCCUUGCACUUGGGCACUGACCCUGGAAGUAGGCCCGGGGGCGCUCUCCUUUCCCCACGUCCUCCGCUCCUGUUUUCUCUCUCCACCUCCUUACCUCUUGGUCAUUACAUCACGGUCUCCUCUUGAGCACGGCAAAAAUGUGCCUGGUAGUCAUUCCCCUGGCCAGUGCUGGAACACCUUCCCUCGUGGGGUGCCUCCCUGGAACGUUCCAGAGACGAGCAUGCGCCAACAGAGCUGUAGCCGCGCGUCUUCAUGAGGGCAGGAGAGGCAACAUGAAUGAAGCAUGAUGUGAUGGGAGUGGGCUGGUGUCCGAAGGCUGGAUCCUGAAACUCAGCCUGUUUUUAUGAUGGCAGCGUGUGCAUGUGUGAAAGAGAGAGAGAGGUCAGCCCGUCUGGCGAUGUCACCAAACAAAGCACAGCCACGUUGCUGGGGCAGCUCCCACAGACCAGAGGUCUCCUGACUCCCGGCUAGUGCUGGGCCCCAGGGACAGCGCAUGUCUUUACUGAAUGCGUUCCAGAGAAAUAAGGUCAAAUUAAUGGGUAUAUAGGCCCCUCGUCCAAUGGCUCGUUCAGAUAAUGCAUCCCCUCCUCAAAUGCUCAAUCUCAACCAUGACCUCUGAAUCCCUUGUGCUCCCCUUCCCCUCUGUAGAAUCAGGGCUGCAUGGUGGGGAGGGGUCUCUCUGAGGCCCCUGCAAGGCUCUCCCUUCAGCUGCGGUGUCAUUGGCUUUAUUCGUCAUUUCUCAGUAGUUAGUUGAAAUGCGUUACAACUGUAUUGUAAGGUGCCCAAAAGACUUAUCCUUGUGUAUAUAAGAUUUUUGUAUAGAAGUCUGAUUCUGAUUUCUGGAGGGAGUGGAGUGGGUUCUGAGGCUCUUUCCAGAGUUCUGGGGAGCGUGGCCCUUUCCCCCUGGGGUGGGGCCCACAGGACCCCCUUGCUUUUGGAGGGAAAUGCCCUUUUGACUUCUUCGGGCUUUUCCAAGCACUUUAACUUAAAAGUAUUCUUGAGAUGUUGAUCCCCCGUAGGGCUCAAAGUAGCAGUUGAAGGUGGAAGCAAGGCCUGCUUGGGGUUUUCUCCCCUCCCAUCGCUGCUGCUUCCGGGUCUGACUGGGAAGAGCGGGUUUGGGCUGCCUGGCUUGCUCAGACGGUGCCAGAGACCUGGGCCCUCCCCAGAGGGUUGAUGCCAGGUGGCAGCAUUUCACCUCACAGUGCCUCUGGCCAGUGUCACUUAGAGGAGUCCCAUCCCUAGAAAGAAGGCUGGCAGAUUGCCCUGCUGAGGUUUCCUCUGUCCCUGUGGCACAGUCUCUCCCCUAGGGUGCCCAGCCAGAGCAGACCGACACAGGAUAUGCUCAGACAUCCCAGCGUGUGCAGAGGCCUCACUCUGGUGCACACACAGGGACACACUGGUGUGAGAGCCCUGCGAGGCCCUCCUGUAAACUCGGGAACCGUAGGCUCAGUGCAGGGUCAGGUCGUACCCUAGAAGAGAGCUUCCCGUCCCAGCAGGUAGGGCGUCCGAAGCCGGGAGCUCAGAAGGCUCACCCUUCGGCAGCGGUGAUUCAGUUUUCUCUGGCUGUCCUUCGGGGCUGUGCGGAUCACCGUGAGCUAGGACAGCUCAUCCUCUCCAAUAAAAAGUUCCCUGCUUGGAAAACAGGACGAUGUUGAGAAGCAGCUUUUGGAGGUGGGGGCGGUGCUGAGGGAGAAGGGAGAGAAUCACAUGCCCAGUGUGGAGCCCGACCUGGGGCUCGAUCUCAUGACCCUGAGAUCAUAACCUGAGCCAAAAUCAAGAGUCAGACACUUAACUGACUGAGCCGCCCGGGCGCCCCAAGAUGCAGCUUUGUAUGUGUUUAGCCUUUGUUUUAAUUUUAGCAGUAUUGGUAGCUGUGUAAGGGGGGGCACAUUAAUAUUCGGAUCACAUCUGCUGUGUGCAUGUGUGUUUAACCAAAGGUAGGAGAACCGGAUUCCGAUAUUCUAAGUUGUUUGUACAGUAAAAUGGAAUGAACUGUGAUUUUCCUGUUGCCAAAAAAAGGGGGAAGGGUUUGCUAAGAAGCUCUUAAGUUACCAAAAGAGGAUAAGAAAGAGUCCCAUUUCCUGAGUUCUGUACCCAAAUUAAAAUCCAGGAUGUUAGGGUUAGCUGGGGAGCCCAGCUGGGGGGCAGGUUAGCUGGUGAACCCCCGUGGACAGAGGCCCAGGGCAAGAGUCAGCGGCAUGCCUCACCUUUCUCUGUGCUCCUCUGCUGGAGUCGAAACCAGAGUGUCUGUUACUUCUCCAAGCCCAGCUGGACAGCGGAGUUUGCUGCCGCAGAGAGGAGACCCAGCCUCGAGGUUUGCUCCCCCAUGGAAUAUUUUUUUGUGACAAUCUUGUCCCACAGAGCACCCGGCAUUCCAGACUCCGGAUGUGAGAAGUACAGUGUUCACACCACGAAGGAGUUUGUGCGAGGCUCUGUCUAACCCCAGUGCCUGCGACCGCUAGUCAGGGCCGCGAGCUGCAGGCCUGACCUUCCUGCACGUUCCAGCAGCCUAAUGGUUGGCUUUUAUUUAGGGACGAAUCCAGAUGGGCCUGUGAGGUCCUAUCAGCUUUAUUACCAGAUUACCUAAAACUGCAGACACCUGGCAGCUGGGGGGGGGGCGGGGGCGGGGGUUGUGGUGCAGUGCUUUUCCCAGAACAGUGAGGAAGCUUGGGAGGGAGGGUCUGUAGUCCAGAGGGAGGAGGCCAGGAAGGAGCGAGACCCAGCCCUUAGCCUCGGGAGACGGGGUACAGCACUCAGACCAGCUCAGGCUGCUCUCUUCUCUCCCCAUCUUCAGUCAUGGACCAGCUGCCAGGUGGGGGUCCCUCCUGCCCCCCAGUCCCCCAGCCUUGUAGUUCUGAACCCUUGCUCUCACCUCUCUGCUGCCUCCCCCUAGCUUCCCUGUAAAUCAUUUGUUACUUAUGACUCUCGGGGAUGAGUUUCACCAAAAAGGGAAUCGCAUCAGCUAGAAGCACCCCUAAUUGAGUAAUGUGCAAUGUUCAGACCUGGGGCAAGGCCACACAGGCCACGUGUCCCAUACGUCCUUUCCGUCGUGGGGCUGGGAAUAGGGGUGUGUUGGUUCACCUGAUAGCAAAUGAAUGAGUCAUUUUCAGAUUGUUUGCCUUCAGCAAAUACUCUAGACGCUAAGACCCGGUGGGGCCUCAUCAUGUGCCUUGCUGUCCCUGGGCCCGAGAGUCUCCUACUCUACGGGGAGGGACAAAAGGGUCUCGUGGGGGCCGGUGUGCUCUGGUCCCUGGAUGCUGGCCCAUGCUCCCUGAGUCGACCAGAGCCCAGGAGUGGAAUCCCACCCCGCCUGUGCCCAGGGGACUCAAGUGUCCCCAGGAUUCAAGUGGGGCGGUGUUCUCAAUGCAGGGGUCUUGGUUACUAAUGGAAAGGGAUAAACGUCAUUUCUAGAAGAGUGUCACAAUGGUCUAGGUUUGCCCAUCUUCCCGUCACUUCCACACACACCUGCCACAGGGUGUCCAAAGUUGGAGGAGAACUCGCCUAACCCCCAGAUCCUCGCCUAACCCCCAGACUCCAAGGCUUUGACAAGGCAGCGUCAGAGCAGAGCCCACUACCACCUGGAGCCCUCCUGAGCUGCGCCUGAAGGGGUCUGCACUUUAGCUAGAAUGGACUGCCUAUUGGCAAAUCCCUCUUGACCCAUGGGUCAGUCCUAGAAUUGGGGGGCUGUAUCUGUUCCCUCCUUGGUCCUGGAUGUGUGCUCGUGAAAACGGGGAGGCACUGCGGGCUCUGUCCCCACAUGUCAGCUCUGACGGGGUGGGGUCUGUUCUCUUCUGUGCUAGAGACCGCGUGGGUUAGCUCCCUCUGUCCGAGAGGUCUCAAGUGAGCCUGGGGCUAUGACUUCUGUAAGGCACCUUGAAGAAGACAAGCCAAACCUUUGAACAUUAGGAAAUGCUAGAAAUUCAGACAUUAGACAUAGAUCCCCCACAAAUAUGUAAAUGUGUUAGAACAAGACCCGUCUGCCGCCUUCGUUAUAAACCGUGGCCUCUUUGGGGGCUUUCGUGGAUGGUUUACACAUGUGCAUUGCGUUUUCUCCUUCAGCCAGCUGGUCUUGGACCCUGAACUUGCCAUUGCCACACCUAGACCUUGCCUUUAGUAGCCCCAAAGUAGAGUCCCGUGACGCAGGUGUUCUUGGUGUGACCGUUAACGCAAUCCUGUGUCCCACCAGGUGACAUCCUACAAACAGUAUUUUAAGGCUGAGGAAGUUUCAAGGUGGGAGAUCUCAGAACAGUGCUAAAAUCAAAACUGUUUCCUGUGAAGAAAAAAAAAUCUAUGUCUCUAUAUUGCACCUCAGAUUGUCAGAAGGAGGAAACUUAAAUAAAUUAUCUUAAAAAAAAAA